AUGGCUGCACGGUGCAGCCUUUUGGCCCUCCCAGCCUCUUCCAUCCCUUUGUCUCGAUCAGACGACUGCGCCGAUCUGGGUCAAGCAAACGAUACGAAUCUUGGUCACUCAGCAAUGGCUGCUCUGCAGCAGCACGUCGCCGCCGUAAAGCGUGCAUACUUCUCCCAGGAUGCCCAUGCCCUCCUUGCGGCCUUUCGCAUCGACCCGGGCACCUUUGGUGCGAUUCAGGCGGACCUGAAUAGAGACCCGAAUCGUGACCUUUCGGCAUGGGUCCUGGGCCAGAUCCCGGUAUCGGCUUCGCCGACCGACUCGGAACGCUUCCAAUCGCUGGUCGCCGACUUUCUCGCCUACGUUCGCGAUCAUGCUCCUCUAUCUUAUGCAUCAGCAGCUUCCCAGGCGCCAGCGAUGGCCGACUGGGAUCGCGCAUACGAUGCUUGGGCUCUCGUCUACUCUCGCGCCUCGGCCUUCUUCUCGUUGCCCGAUACAGUUUGGUUCGCUUCGAGCCUGCGCUUCUUCGCAUCUAGUCUGGUCACUCUCGCUAUGGCUGUCGACCACCGCACGGAUGCCGUUCAGAAGCGCAAAACCACCGAUGCUGCCGGUAGACUUUCCAAAGCAGCCGGAAUGGCCGGUAACGACCGAUCCCAAGCUCGAGGCUCCGAGACCAAGCGUGCCGCCGUGCUAAUGCUUGCCAACCUCAGCUUCAAAGCUUAUUUCAAGCUCAACAACACUCGACUCUGCGAGACCGUCCUGGGCAGCGUCGAGAAUGCGCUCAAGCUCAACCGCACCUUUGCCGCCAACAAUGGUCAGAACGACGAAUCGGGCGAACAGUGCUACUCGAGGGCAGACCGAGUCACCUAUCGCUACUACCUUGGUCGCCUGCGACUGUUCCAGCACAACAUCAGAGCCGCAUCGACGCAUCUGCGAUGGGCCUUUGACAACUGCACGCUGAGAAACCUGAGGAACAAGAGGGCCAUUUUGAUCCCGCUCGUCGCGACCUAUCUCAUCCUGGGCCGAUACCCCGAGCCUGCGCUCCUCGAGGCUUCGAAUCUCUCGCAAACAUACGGCGCACUGAUGUUCUAUCUCAAGAACGGCCAGGCGGCCGCUGCUAUGGACGAGCUGGAUCGACACAUGGACUGGCUGCGCUUCCGUGGUCUCUACCUCAUCCUGCGCGAGAAGCUGCAGAUCAGCCUUUGGCGCAAUCUGGCGCGAAGAUGCCUCGCCCUGUCGUACGGGCCCGCACAGGCUUCCUCGGCGCCUCCCACCCUUCGCGUCGACAUGCUCCUCUCGGCCGCGCGGCUGGCGUGGCGUGACCCUUCACUGCAGCCAUCGGACAUCGAGGCCAUUCUCGCCAGCCUCAUCGACCAGGGCUUCGUCAAAGGCUACAUUCUCCACUCCAAGGGUGUUCUUGUCCUGCAAAAGGGCCCGCACAUGGGCUUCCCACCAAUAUGGACAGUGUUCAAUCCGUAG